AUGAGCACGAGCACGCGAAGACGAAAGAGAGGCACUGGGCCUUUUGAGUGCACGUUUGAAGGUUGUGGGAAGAUUUUUUCAAGAUCGGAUCACAUGGCAAGACACAGUCUGAACCACAGCGUCGAUAACAGGUUUCAGUGCGAAUGGCCUGGAUGCACGCGACUUUUCACUAGACAUGAUGUGAUGAAGAAGCACCAGAGUAGGCAUGCUGACAGAGAGAACAGGCCCAAAAAAGCCAAUACGGUGACUCCUAGCACAACUUCCACAGCAUCGCAGACACCAGAAAGACUUACAACAUCCUUCUCCUUGCAGGAAAUACCCACUACAAAAGGCGAAACCAAGAAAAUCAGCCCCAGCAGCUUGAAGGUCCAGUUCAUCACCCCCGAAGUGUACUCUCAAGCGAGUAAUGGUGCUCUUGCAAUGAUGCAAAAUGCCUCACACAACAUUGACAACAGUUCCCUCGAUACCCUGCUUCAAAGUUCAAACCCUCCGGAGACUGAUCCCAAAGGGCUGAACACUACUCCUGUUGCAAACGAAUCAGCAGGAGAUCCAUCAUUGGGUGUUGAAUUGCCUGCUUCGACUCCACUAUCUCCCUCACACCUGAUCAAAUGGUUGAUGAGGGAUCCUGCAAACCUUUCUCCAGAUAGCAGCGGCAACUCUGCUCAUCCGGAAAACGGUGCUUUUCAUGAUUAUUAUGAUGGUCAUUUGGGAUCUUCAACUAUUUCGAUGCUCAAAGAGAUCUUUGCUAUCACUCCCGAGUUUCCCACGGCCAACUACCAGAGCGAUGUGGAUGAAACGCUCAUUGUCAGCAUGCUAGGAUACAUCCCAUCACUUCAAAACCAUCCCGAUUUUGAGAUUCCAAAGAUCAAAUACUUUCUGGAGUUGUAUUGGUUGAUGUACCAUUCACAAUACCCCAUUCUACACAGACCUUCGUUCUCAACAUUUCAGGUUCAUCCCUUGCUGCUGCUUAGUAUGGUUAUGAUUGGAGCUUCGUUUUCCAAGAGUUCAAACUCGUCCGACAAUUUCAAUCUGGUGGCUCCGGAUGAGCUGGCAGACAUGAUAGCAGACCCGCUUCGCUGGCUGAUCUUUUCUUGUGAGGAAGCGAAGCCCGCGUGUAAAUCGUGGGUCAUUCAAAGUUUGUUGAUAUUGGAAACAUACGAGAUCACCAAAACCUCGCGAACGCUCCAUGAAAGAGCUUGCAUUUAUAACGGAGCAAAAAUCCAGUUGUUGAGAAGAAGUCCAAUAUUAGGCGGAGACCCCUCAAAGGAUGUUAGCUCUGAUCCGAGUCAUUCCAAUACUCUUUGGAGGACCUGGAUCGAGAGCGAGUCUAUGAAAAGAGUAGCGUGGAUGUCGUUCUAUGUGGAUACAAUGAAUGCUGUUGUAUACGGCCAUCCAGUGAACGUGCAUGCCUACCAGAUCAACUUGUCACUACCGUGUCCUGAUGAGUUUUGGGACUACGAUAACGUGGAUAGGAACGAAGCUCCAAAUUCUGUUGUUCAAAUGCCGUUAUUUUCAGAAGCAUUGAAGAGAUUGUUGCAAAAAGAAACUGUUCAGACUGGUAUAUUCGGACGCAAAAUUCUUCUAGCUGGUCUACUCAACCUAACUCUUCAAGCUAGAGAGAAGGACUCCCAACUCUCGAUUCUUGGCUGGGAUUCUGUAAAGGAGAGGUGGACUGAAACCAUUGGUGCAGCAUUGGAUAACUGGAGAACUCAGUUACCGGAGGGAAGUUGUUGCAUCACUUCUUCAUGUGUUUAUCAUUCAGAUGUAAAUCCGUCUACUAUUCCGGGCUCAUUGCAACCUCGAGACCUGCGGUGCAAGUUUCCCGAGUUCCAUGCCGCCCAGAUAUUCCAGAAAGUUACUCAUUACGAUUACAUCGUCUAUGCUGGUGCUCCGAAAAGAAUGAAUGUACCAAUUCUGCCAGAAGACUACGAGAUCGUGGCGCGAAGAGUCACCAAAUGGGCCAACUCUCUAGCUGGGCGACUUUGUGUGGUAAAUUCUUAUAUUUUGCUGUGCGAAAUGAUGAUUUCUCCAGAAGGUGCCGCAGAACCUGUGAACUUCGUUUAUGAGCCCAACAAAGAUCCAUUCAUAUACCGCCCUAACGUGGUCAUUUCGGCCGUUUUGUCGCUUUGGGUCUACUCAUUCCAUCUCUACGGGCCGGAAUCCUUCUUUUAUUCCUCAAAAUCAAAUUUCAGAGUUGAUGGGGAAUACGUUCCUGCAAUGGAGGAUGCAUGCACAUAUCUUAGACGGAUUAGAAACGAGUUUGCCCAGUUGACAGGGAAAUCACUUGGUUCCUUGCACACUAUGAAUUCCGUUUCAUACGGCCAGACCAUCAAAGAGUUUGCCGAGGCUUUGCCCAGUAUCAAGAAUGUGAACAACUUGGUGGGAUUGCUCUCAAUUCUCAGCCGUAGCUACAUAAGAUGCAGAUGGGAGACUGGUAGGGAAUACGGAAAGUUGCUGGGCACCUGUGUCCGGAAAAGCAUGGGGAGUGAUGACACUCUUUGCGUCGAUAUGUAUGAAAAUUAA